AUGGAAUCAGAAAAUUUAACAGAUGAAGAGGAACUUGAUAUAAAAAAGAAAUUUAUUGAUGCUGAUUGUAUAAUCAGAAGAACGUUAUUAAAAUCCUUAUCAACGCAUCAAAAUAAAUAUUAUAGUACAUUAAUUGAUGUACAAGGAAUAAUAAAAAGUCUUAAAGUAUCUACUCAAUUUAGUUGUUCUACUUCGAAGCAGUUUGCAAGUUCAACUUUUGAAGUCCCGUCUAAUAUUAUCGAAUUAUCAA